AUGUACGCUAACCGAGUACCCUCUGUGUGCCUGUGGAAAAACCCGUCACUAAGAGAGAUUCCUCCGUGGCAGUGCCGGCGUCCUGUUUUGCUCCGUCUCUCCAUGGACCUGAGGGUGGGAGAGCGGGGGAUGCGGCCUGGUUCCGACACGGUGCUCCUCUCCCCGCUGCACCCGCCUCUGCUCCUCACGCCUUUCUCCCCGCAGCCCCGCACCACCUUCUCCCAGCAGCAUCUACAUCAGCAGAUCCGGUUUAACAUGGAGCAGAGGAGGCGGGAGCAGGAGCACCAUGAGAAACAGCAGGAGUUACAGCAACUUAAACACAAAGACAAAAGUCAACAGAGUGCCGUGGCGAGUUCCUUAGUAAAGCAGAAGCUCCAGGAAGUGAUUCUCAAGAAACAGAAACAGGCGGCACUGGAAAGAACAAACUCCAACUCUCUGACUGCACACCCCGUCCCAUACAGAAAGCUGGGCCCUGACCCCAGUUUAACCUCCCGGCCACUAGUCUCAUCUCCAUCACAGCCUCCGUCUGAGGGCUCCGAGGGCACACCGUUGCGCAGAGCAGCUUCCGAGCCGAACCUGAAGGUGAAGCACAAGCUGAAGAAACACCUGAACACCCGAAAGAGCCCGCUCACCCGCAAGGAGAGUGCCCCGCCCACCAUCAGACACAGAGUGCCCGAAACGCUGGACUCUUCCCCGAGCAGCAGCAGCACUCCGGCCUCUGGAUGCAGCUCUCCCAACGACAGCCUGCCCAGCGAGAAUGGACUGCUGCCCUCUGCAGGCGGCCUGUCGCACGAGGCCCAGAAGCUGCUGCUCAGAGAUGGAUCCCUGGCUAACUUCACCAUCCAGAGCUCCUCCGCUCUGCCCACCAUCACUCUGGGACUGCCGGCCAACUCCAGGGCUGAAGGGGAGCUGCCCUCCAUGAAAGUUGGCCGGGUUCCUGUGGUCACCCCGGGGGGCUCCCCAGUCUUCCUCCCCCUCAGCAGAGAUGAUCAAGCCGGUCAGUUGAACCCUCACUUGCCGGUCAUCAUCCUGGAGCCAUCUGGUCUGGUGCACUCUCCACUUCUUACUGUUCCAGGCCUGGACUCUGUUCCGUUACCGUUUGCACAGCAGUUGGACCACCUGUCUCCAGCAGGUGUUCAGACCCACAAGCCCAUAAGCAGAACGCGCUCGGAGCCCCUUCCUCAGAGCCCCCGCGCCCUCCACACGCAUCUCAUCCAGCAGCAGCACAGCACACAGCUCCUGGAGAGGCUCAAACAGCAGACUCACCUGGGCAAGCUAAUGUCCAAAUCCGAGAAGCCCCGGCUGCAUCAGAUCCCGUCCGAGGACAUGGACUCUGAGGAUGGUGGCGGGCUGUCGCCCACUGAGUCCACCUAUCACAGCAGGAUGAGGGCGGAGUCACGGAGGGACGCAGAACCAACCGCGUCCAAGAGCCACGAGGAGCAAAUCAACCUGCAGCACGCCCUCAUACUCAACCAGUCGCUGCUUUGGGAGCAGCAGAAGCAGCUUCAGCAGCUGCACCGACAGAUGGAGACCCUGGGGGUACCUGUGUUGCGUGGCGCGGGCGGGGUCGGAGGCGGUCUGGCCGUCCACCGCCCCCUGUCCCGCACCCAGUCCUCUCCGGCCUCCACCUCCCUCACCCUGCCCGAGAAGCCCCUGAGCCUGGCCGCGCAGGACACCGGCACCAAACCACGCUUCACCACCGGUCUGGUGUACGACUCCCAGAUGCUCAAGCACCAGUGCACGUGCGGAGACAACAGCAGCCAUCCCGAACACGCGGGCAGAAUACAGAGCAUCUGGUCCCGGCUGCAAGAGAGAGGCCUCAGAGGCCAGUGUGAGAGUAUCCGUGGCCGUAAAGCCACGCUGGAGGAGCUGCAGUCGGUUCACACGGAGCGCCACGUGCUGUUUUACGGCACCAACCCUUUGCACAGACUCAAACUGGACAACCGCAAGCUGGCUGGAAUCCUCUCUCAAAGGAUGUUCGUGAUGCUGUCGUGUGGGGGUGUCGGGGUGGAUAACGACACCAUCUGGAACGAGCCGCACACCACCACGGCGUCCCGCAUGGCGGCAGGCAGCGUUGUGGAAAUGUCGUUCAGGGUGGCCAAAGGGGAACUGAAGAACGGCUUUGCUGUGGUCAGACCGCCAGGGCACCAUGCGGACCCCUCCAAUCCAAUGGGUUUCUGUUACUUCAAUUCUGUGGCAAUAGCUGCCAAGCAGCUCCAGCACAAGCUCAACGUCAGCAAGAUCCUGAUUGUUGACUGGGAUGUCCACCAUGGUAACGGCACACAGGAAGUGUUUUACAGUGACCCCAGCGUUCUCUACAUCUCCCUUCAUCGCUAUGACGACGGAAACUUCUUUCCCGGCAGCGGGUCACCAGCUGAGGUGGGCACCGGAGCGGGUGAGGGCUUCAACGUGAACGUGGCAUUUACAGGAGGACUGGAGCCACCGAUGGGGGACGCUGAAUACCUCGCCGCGUUCAGGUCUGUGGUGAUGCCCAUCGCCCAGGAGUUCUCCCCCGAUGUGGUUCUGGUGUCGGCUGGGUUCGACGCUGCGGAGGGAAACCCUCCCCCUCUGGGCGGGUACAAGGUCUCCGCCAAAUGUUUCGGUUUCCUGACCCGCCAGCUGAUGUCCCUUGCGGGGGGCCGUUUGGUUUUGGCCCUUGAGGGGGGUUAUGACCUCACGGCUAUCUGUGAUGCGUCUGAAGCCUGCGUCAGUGCGCUCCUCGGAAUUCAGGAUCCAAUGCCAGAGGAAACCCUGCUCCAAAAGCCCAAUGCCAACGCCGUCCGCUCCCUCCAGACUGUCAUACAGAUGCAAAGUCAGUACUGGCAGAACGUGAAGGCUUACGGAGGGGCGGUGGCUCUGUCGCACCUGGCUGCUCAGAGAAAAGACUGCGAGGAAACGGACGCCGUCAACGCUUUGGCCUCGCUCUCUGUGGGGGUCAUGCCCAACAAGAGCCUCCCCGACGAGCCAAUGGAGCAUGACAGUGACUCCAUGUAA